AUGACCGGCGCGAUGGCGGAGAAACGGCCGAUUGUGAUUGGCAACGUGGCCGGUGCGAUGGAAGACCAGCCGAGCGCGAUGUUCCGCCAGGUCUCGGACGGCGACAUGGACGCCAUCGUGGGCGACUGGCUGUCGGAGCUCAACAUUGCGUGGAACGCGAUGCGCAAGCACGACGACCCGACCAAGGGCUACGAGGUCGGCUUCCUCGAGCAGCUGGACGAGUCCAUCGACGUGAUCGCGCGCAAGAAGAUCAAGCUGGUCUGCAAUGCCGGCGCGCUCAACACGCCCGAGUGCACGCGCCAGGUGCAGCAGAUCUGCACCCGUCACGGCCACGGCCAUCUGCGCGUGGCUUAUGUCGAGGGCGACGACAUCUCGGCCAUCGUGGUCGACCCGGCACGCCGCCGUGAGCUCGGCGGUUUCGUCCACCUCGACCACCCGGAGCGCUCCAUCGACGGCUGGGAGGGCACGCCACUCUGUGGCGUCGCGUACUUUGGCGGCUGGGGUAUCGUCGAGGCCCUGCGCGCCGGUGCCGACAUUGUCAUCUGCGGCCGCGUCACCGAUGCGAGCCCGGUCAUCGCCCUGGCUGCCUGGUGGCACGGCUGGUCGCAUGAUGCCUGGGACCAGCUGGCGGGCGCACUGAUUGCCGGACACCUCGUCGAAUGCGGCCCCUAUGUUACCGGUGCCAACUUUUCCGGUGUGCGUCCCCGGCUGGACGGUCUCGUUGAUCUUGGCUUCCCCAUCACCGAGAUCGCCCACGAUGGCACCGCCAUCAUCACCAAGAACCCCAAGCACGCCGGCUUCGUCGACGCCCUCAACGUGCGCGCCCAGUUUCUGUACGAGAUCCAGGGGACAAAGUACAUCAACCCCGACGUGCUCGCCGACAUUGAACACGUCUCGAUCGAGAACACGGGCGACCGGGACCGUGUCCGCAUCUCUGGUGCCGUCGGCAGCCCACCGCCGCCGACCACCAAGGCCAUGACGGUCGGCAUUGGCGGCUACCUAGCCGAGGCCACUUUUUACAUGAACGGGCUCGACCUCGACGCCAAGGAGCGCUUCAUGCGCCAGCAGAUCGAGCACGCCUUCAAGGACGCCAACUUUUCCGAGCUCAGCAUCGAGCGAUACGGCGCCGGUGCCGCCAACCCGGCCAGCCAGGCCCUCGGGACCGUGUCUGUGCGCGUUCUCGUCAAGGGAAAGACCAAGGACGACAUCCGGGAGGACGUCUUCCGGAAGCACAUCUACGCCCUGCGGAUGCAGUUCUACGCCGGUUACCACAUGUCGCUCGACUUCCGCACCAUGACGCCUCGUAUGUUCAUGGAGCUCUUCCCCGGCAUCAUCUCAUACGAGAAGCUGCCCCAUCGUGUCGUCAUGGACGACCGCGUCAUCGAGGUCAAGCAUCACGGCAUCACGGCACCCGCACCUGGCAAGCGGCCCAGCAGCGACACCGCCCAUCCGACCGACCUGGCCUCCUUUGGCUUCACCAGCAGGGUCCCUCUCGGCGCCGUGGCCCACGCCCGUUCGGGCGACAAGGGUGACAACUGCAACGUCGGCAUUUACGUCCGCUCGGCCGACGAGUUUCGCUGGCUGCAGUCCUACCUGACUAUCGCCCGCAUCAAGGCCCUGCUCGGCGAGGACUACCGCGACUCCGUCACCGUCGAGCGCUGUGAGUUCCCCAACAUCUGGGCCGUCCACUUCCGCCUACUCGACUUCCUCGGCGGCGGCGCUGCCAGCAGCACCCGCAUCGACAUGCUCGGCAAGGGCGUUGCCGAGUACAUCCGCAGCAAAUCUGUCGAUGUGCCUGCAAAGUUCCUCAGCAACCCCAUCUCCCUGGGCUGA